AUGGAAGAUCCCAACGGCGAGUCGCUGAUCUGGGGACCGGAUCGUCUUGUUGCUCAACAAAAUAGUCCAGAGGAAUUACUGGGCGAGCCAGUGAACCAGAGUCACAAAAGGCGUUUACUACGCAUAUACCAGGGGUCGACUGUCGAAAAGUCGCUUAAAAAGCUGGGUGGGAAACUGGACAAGUCCCCUGUCACUAAGGGUCGAAAGCUCGGUUCCAAAGGGUCUUUCGUUACCAGCCAAGGACCUGUUCGAGAAUCCCUACAGCCUGACCUUUCAUCGCAUGGAAAAGGAGCGUUCGCGGCAGCCCAUCUUCCCUUGGAUAUCCACGACCAGACGACUUUGCUCUCGGCAACCAAUCCACUGCAGUUGUUACCCCAUUCGAAAACCAGCCCCGGAAAGUUAUCAGUAUUCCCUUCCUUCACGCCUCUCCCUCCUUUGCUAUCUACUCGGUCCCCUCGGUCUACCUCGACUCUCAUUUUGGCUCCAUCUGCAACGACUAGCUUAUCGGAUAAUCUGAAUACCUCUACGAAUGACGUCGAACCCGAAGCCGUGAAACUUUCUCCACCGAUCAUCGUCUUGAUCAGUGUGGGCGCUGUUUGUCUUCUCCUGGGCGUUGGCAUUAUCCUGAAGGCCUGUAAACAGCCGCGAAAGAAACGCACCAUCAAACCUUCUCUCCCUAUUCUUGAGAAAGGUUAUGCAGAUGACGAUGACUUUGGAUCCCAGGAGUCUCCAAUGUUCGGUGGCAAGGAACGACUAACUGCCAACGAAAAAUUCGGUGGUGAAGGUCCCCUCUGGACAUGGGUUCAGUACUCGAAACCAGACAUUGCAUCCUACGAUUCCAACUCGCAAUCAGCGCAGACCUUCAAUUGCUCCGCCAAGGAUGUGGACCCGCUCGACGCCUCCAGGAUGGAGCUGUCCCAUAGGGACGAUCCACUUCCCGCGGAACCACCUCAAUCCGAUACGGUCCCCUCAAAAAACCGAGGGUCUCGUUCGUCUCUCAGACACGGACUUGAUAACAGCGCCCCUUCGGCCUCCUACUAUACUUCUCAGAAGACUUCGUUUACAGGGGACGGACAAAAGGUCCUUCAACGAUUGUCCAGGGAUCUUCGACGGAGCCAAAGCUAUUCAGGAUCACAAGAACCUAGGAACAGGCAUUCAACUUACCGACCCGAUUCCGCGUAUGAAGGUGCCGACGUGUCUUCUCCUCCAACCUAUUAUCAGCCGAUAGCGACACCUACUAUUGGAUUUACGCCUUCCGCAGGAGUUGAAGGCCGUGCGAGAAUACAGUCGUCAUACUUCGCAACUGGGACCUACCCUCGUCUCUCGAGCGUCCCAGUCACUUAUUCAAUCAACACGGCAACCAAAGUCAACCUUUCUCAGGCUCAAGCACAAGCCCUUCCGAGCGACCACGGUCACUGCGAUCUCCCACCACUGGAGAAGGACCUUGGCCUCGUCUACAGCGAUCCGAACUCCCCAAGGUCAUCUUAUGUCCCAUCCUCGCCACAGCCUACCUUGUAUCCGGACGACUCUUUGAGCGUUAUCGCGUCUAAACGAACCAAGAGGGCAAGUCAGACUUUGCAACAGAGCAAGCGGACGUCUAAGCUCCACCAUCCCGAUACCAUGCCCACGUAUCCAAGUCAAGCUUCUGUCAAACGCCAGUCGAAGGGACUACUGGAGAUGGAUUUCGAGGUCAGCCGUAUGUCUUUGGGUGAGAUUGCUGGGAGACCUUCGGAGGUAUAUAAGGCGCUUCCGAGGGCUGGAUUAGCCACCGCCGCCAUGGAGCAGAACAGACGCAACAAUCGUGACGACAAACCACCUCGUGUGCCUUCGCCUCCCCCGCUUCCGUCCCUCACCCAGAUGGCGUUGGCGCACAACCACCCCGAGGCCUACAACAACUACAGGAGCCCUACGUAUAGUAUCUGUGGAUUGUACGGUCCGGACAGGAAGAGCGGGGCUACCCAGGGGGGUGGCUUCUAA